AUAAAUCUCCCCCAUAGACUCCACUGUUUCAGUGAUGUGUUUUCUCAGAUUAUGGCUGGGGAUGCAGAUUUGCUGAUUUUUCAGCACCUGCACUUCCUAUACUGAUUAGUCUGGUUAAUCAAGGAUGAAAAAAUCACCCGGAUACUGUGCUGUCACCCUACAAAAUUGAAGUUCUGCAGAGGCCGGUUAUCCAAAAGAAUUUAUUAUGUCUCAAACACAACGUGUUUUGAAGGAUGUCUCCCCUAUUUCAAGUAAAAUACAAAGGGUUUUUCGUGGAAGGAAAAAGUGGUGCCAGAAGUGUUGAUGAUUCCUGCCGGCUCGUGGAGAAGCUGUUAUCGCCAUGUGACGGACAACUACAUCAUAGUUUUAAUUCAUCACUAUUGAAAAACCAUUGUACUUUCUACACUCAGGACAACAACAGCUUGACAUUUUACCACAAUUUUAAUGCUUCCAACAAAGAAUUCCGGGUGUCAUUAAUAAGAGGGAUUAACAAGAAAAGCAUUGUCUGUGAAGGAUCCUUCAAUGCCUCUCAGUCUCAGCUACCCUUUGAUUACAAUAACUGCAAAGUCAUUCCUUCAGCAAGUCAAGUCACCUUUCAUUUAUGGAGUAUCAAUGAGGAGGAUACAGACAUUUACUUCUUUUGCAAGGAGGAUAUGUAUCCCCCUCCUUACAUCUGUGAUUGUGAUGAAGGCACCAUCAUCCAUGUAAAAGAACACAAACAGCAUGAAAAAGUCAAACAGCCUGAAAAAGAUAUUAAAUACAUUCAGGAAGUUCCUCUGAGUGUUUUGAUCGUACUGGGAUGUAUAGCAGCAUACAGUCUUAUAAUCACUACAUCAUUUUUAUAUAUUUUGAGAAAAAAAAGAAGAACACGAAUUCUACAGAGUGAAUAUAUUAAUGUUGUCCCACGACGGCCUAAGAAUCAUAUGCCAAGUAUGCCUUAUGCUACUAGGCCUGUUCACCCUUGUUCUCGCUGACUACUGCAUGCACUAAGCAGCUAUUCCAUCUGUGUUCUCCAGGAUUGUUGCAACAGCAAAACAGCAGUCCUUGUGCUUGGCUAACUAUAUCAGUGUUUUUUUAUUGUUUACUAUUAUCAUUUUCAAGAAGGUUAUCUCAUCUGCAUUAAUUAUGUAAGAAAAUAGCAUUUUAUAAUCUAUGACAUUUACCUCAUAGAGUAAUACUUCCUGAAUGACCAAAUAAAAUAUUUC